GAACGUCCUGCGCUCGCGUGCACAGGGAUGCUGCAGCAGCAGUAAAGGACCUGAGCCCUUUAAUGUGUGUGCCUGAGAAAUACAGUUCCCCCUCGCUUCUUCUGAUAUGUGUGAAGAUCAAACAUAUAAGAAUUUGAAGAUGACGCCAUCCAGUUUAGAUUGAAUCUCGUCCAAUGGAGGUUGCAUGAGGCAAAACUGUGUUUAUGCCAUUGGUGGAAAGAAUGACCUGACAGUUCUAGCCCUAUGGCCACCAGACCAGCAUCAGCCGAAUAUAUGCAUACGCGCUAAAUGCAAGCAUGGAAGACAAUAAGCUACUCCCGGACACUGAUGAAGAGGACCCCACUUUCUCUUUCUCCAAAGAGAAACCUUGUGGAAGAACUAGCAAUAGACCAGAUCUUCACUCUUCAGCUUUCAACUUCCCACUCUCCUCCUCUACCCCCAGUUCCCUUGAUGAACUCUCAUCUUCAACCCAUGGCACCAUUGCUGCUCCCUCUGCCAGGAGCUGCAUCAUCAAAUCCACUUCAGCUUUCUCUGAUAAAGAGUCUAAAGAGUCUUCCUUGCUUAGGCCCAAUCCAAUGCCCAGCCUUGUUGAGUCUUUCUCCAUGGAGAUCUCACACAGGGAGUCUGAAUUCUGCCUCUCCAAUUCUGACUCCAAACUACAUCUGCAACCUUGGAAACAACUGGGCCAACUACCCAGGUUGCAGGAUACAGAACUCUUGCCCAGGACAAUGCCAUCUUCUCCCAUAGAGUCUCGUCUAAGCCUGAUUAAUUCUGGCAGCUUGCUGAUGGCUGAACUGGAGGACACACGCCGUAAACUGUCUGAGGCCAUGCAGGAGCCACUAAUUAAGCUCAGCAAGAUAAUUGGAGAGGACAGUGGCAGCCCGAAGUCUCAAAAAGGGGAUUUGCCUGCCUUUCAAGGUGGUGCUGCAGGUGGUGUACCAAUUAGAAGUGAAGAUGGAGCUCUGGAAUGCCACAAAGAGAAUGGGAGUCCAUUUGGAGUAUGUAAUACCCCACUAAGGAAGCUCAAGAGAGAGAGAGCACCAAGAAUUACUUCUGAGAUUUGCUGCAAGCUGGACAGCAAGAGCAGCCGAUAUGAGAUCUGCACUUAUGGUGAUGUUAUUCAAGUGCUGGAAAUUCAGGAGCAUUCUAACAAAACAAAGGUCAAACCUAGAGAGCAGAAUAGUGUCAGUGCCCCACCUGCAACAUAUACCACCUCCUCAGACAUGGGCAGAUGGCUGGUAUGUGUGGGUUUGCUGGCUUACAGCUUCUUUGUGCUGCCGCUGUCUUCCUAUGUGACAGGAUUGUUUCUAGGACUGGCUUGUGGAUUCAUGCUGGGCUUGGCAGUGGUACUGAUGCUAGUACCAAAACGGUCUGCUGCUAUAGAGAUGCCCAUCUCCUCUCCCUCUGACAGCCUGCUGAUGGAUCCCAUGGGCAGAACACUGUGUGAUCCAGCAAAGACAGAGCUUCAGGGCUGGAUGAAUGAAAUGUACAGCUAUGACCCAGAAACCUAUCACCCCUCUCUGUGCCACUCUGUCCAUGUCACUUUGGAUGGAUGUCACCUACGCCUGGCUUAUCCUCCUGUCAACAUCCCACGGCAAGCCACCUUCAAUGAACCCGUCUAUGAGACUACAUUUGUGCGGUCACGAUGUUUCAAACUAUCCAAUAGCAAGGUGUUUCUGCUGCCAGCAAUCUUGGCGAAAAAGAGAGUCUGGAAUAGGAAAUAUCCCAUUUGCAUUAUGCUGGCUGAAGAGGAGCAGUGUAUAGAAGGAGAGCAAUUCAGUGAAGUAGCAGAGGCAAAGAGUGAAAGAGAAGAAAAACUCAAACAGGUGCAGAAGGAAGCAGAGCAGAUGAGUACUUUGUAUCUGUUUGGGCGUACAGGGAGAGAGAAAGAAGAGUGGUACCAGCAUUUCUUGUCCGCGUCGAACACCAAGAUCUGCAGGGACGAGUUUAAGCCAGUGUGUAGUGCUGGAGGCUCCCCUAAGGCCAGUAAUGAUGACUUGGCCUCAAUGCUGGGUUUAAGAGAACUGGCUGGCUCAGUGAGAGAGAAGAUUCUGCUGGACUACAACUCGUACAUGGCCCACUUCAUCACACCAAAGAGUUGUAGCCUCACGCCGAGCCCCUGUCACAGUGAGCCAGGUAGCCAAAUUAACACAAAGAAGUUCUCCAGUGAUCCAGUAGCAGGAUGCGGAGAUCCAGCCUGGAUCAAUGCAGUGAUUGGGAGGAUCUUUUGGGAUUUCUUGCAGGAGGAGUACUGGUCUGACCAGGUGGCUCACAAGAUCCAGAAGAAGCUGAGCAAGAUUCGGUUGCCUUACUUUAUGAAUGAGCUGACUCUAGCUGAACUGGACCUGGGCACAUGCAUGCCGGAGGUGCUGAGUAUCUCCAGACCUUCAGUGGAUCACAGAGGUCUCUGGCUGGAGCUGGAGGUGUUGUAUACUGGAUCUUUGCACAUGACCCUGGAGACUAAGAUGAAUCUGUGCAAGCUCGGCCGAGAGAGCUGCUCUGAGGUUUACAGCAGCACUGAGCCCUGCAGAAUUGUGGGCACAAGGCCCAGGGUGUGUAUCAUUGCAGACAGUGAUGAAGAGUCAUCCAGCGCAGGUUCAUCUGAUGAAGAGGAGGCGAUGCCCUCUGAGCUCCAAGGUCCUAUUGCGGAUAAGAAUAUACACUCCGGAGCUGAGAGGCAUGGUGGAGGCAACACAAGUAGGAAAAUUCUGCGCUUUGUGGACAAGAUUGCCAAAUCCAAGUAUUUCCAGAAAGCCACAGGAAAUGAGUACAUCAAAAAGAAAAUUGCAGAAGUCUCCAACACUCCACUGCUGCUUAGUGUUGAAGUGCAGGAACUCUCAGGAACUUUAGCUGUCAACAUCCCACCACCCCCUACUGACCGAAUAUGGUACAGUUUCCGUGUUCCACCAAGGCUAGAUCUGCGAGUAAAGCCCAUGCUGGGUGAGAGAGAGGUCACAUUCACCCACGUCACUGAGUGGAUAGAGAGGAAACUGCAGUGUGAAUUUCAGAAAUUUUUUGUAAUGCCCAACAUGGAUGACCUGUACCUGCCUCUUAUGUCUUCUGGGAUGGACAAUACCGACAUGUUUCAAAAUCUCACAGGGGAAAGCAAGGAUCAACAGGAGUGCAGCACCCCUGAAUAAGAAACCUUAUUUAUUCGCAAAGAACAUGGGAUCAAAUGAAGGAAGGAAAUGUGCUAAAUGUAAUGUGUGUGCCAUAUGUCCAACAGUCCAUGCAUAUAUCAGGAGAAGUUACUGCAGCUGCAUUUGAAGUAAACACAGUUUGGAUGGAAAAUGGAUGAAAAAUAUGAGCCAUGUUGCAAAUAGAGGACCUUAAAUUUCUAUGGAAAAACUUAUACUAAUAAGUUUGUAUAAGAUGUAUAAGAAACUAUUGAGAGCUUAUCUUUUUAAAAUAGUACUUGACAAUAAAUUGAUUAAUCACAGCUGGGAAUAAAAGAAAGGCUAUUAUUAUUUGUUUUGCACUUCUAACAUCCUAUCACUUUCCCUUUGACAGAUUAUUAUAGCAUAGAUUCCAACUUUUUUUCUUAAA